UUCGCGGAGCCCGGCGAACCGGUCGCGAGAACCUCGAGGCAGUCGGAGGCCAGGAGGCAGCGGCCGCCAGGCGGCACCGCGCCAGCACUGCCGCCCAGGCCUCACGUCUGACACGAACAGCGCGCGCCGCCACGAACAGAGCCUGCGCCCCGGCCAAUGGGCGCCGCGCUGCGAGUGACCACGCCCACCGCCCCCUCGCUUGUAAAGGGAGUCUAGCCAGGGCUCGCCGGCUGCUGGCUUCUGAUUGGUUGGGGCAAGCAGUGGCCGCAGCCGGCGACGCCGGUGUUCUUGCACUCGGGUGGCAGCCAGAAGCCGGCAGGACUGGAAGGGACACCGCGUCUCGGAAGACUCUUCAAGAAAUAACAAUGUCAACCAACACAGACCUUUCUCUCUCUUCAUACGAUGAAGGUCAGGGGUCUAAGUUUAUUCGGAAAGCUAAGGAAACACCGUUUGUCCCCAUUGGAAUGGCGGGCUUUGCAGCUAUUGUUGCCUAUGGGUUGUACAAGCUGAAGAGCAGAGGAAAUACAAAGAUGUCCAUUCACUUGAUCCACAUGCGUGUAGCAGCCCAGGGCUUUGUUGUGGGGGCCAUGACUCUUGGUAUGGGCUACUCCAUGUAUCAGGAAUUCUGGGCCAAGCCUAAGCCUAAGCCUUAGAAGAGCUGGUGCAUGGGAAGUGCUUGCUUUAGUUAGACGUCUCAUAUUGAGGUUACAUGUUUGUAUCUACAAUAAAUAACAUGUGGGUUUAGACAAAA